GAGGGAGCCGGAAGUGGCCUUCAGCGCCCUCAGCCGAGAUGGCGACGUACGAGAAGCGGCGAGCGGCGGCGGCGGCGCCGGGGCCUGGGCCUGGGCUGGCGGAGCCGCCUCACGCCCCGCUGGAGAGCGAGGCGGAGUUCCUGCUGCGGGCCGGCGUCACCGCCAUGGUACGGGAAGCGCUGCUGAAGGUGCUGGAGGCGAGGCCGGAGGAGCCCGUGUCUUUCCUGGCCGAUUACUUCGAGCGGUUGGUGCUGGGCAGCCCCGGAACGGCGGAGGAGGCCGCAGCCCAAGUCCCGGGGCCGCCGCAGCGCCUGGCGCGGGCGCUGUGGUACGUGCGCCUGGCUCAUCACUCCCAUAGGACGGCCUUUGACAGCAACGCCGGCGCUGCUUACGAGGUGCUGGGCCGCGGCGGGCGGCGGCGGGCGGCGGGAGUGGACGGGCGCGUGUACAGCGAGCUGCUGCGGCACAUCUGCCAGCUCGGUGCUGCCCCCGCCGAGGCCGCCGCGGCGCUGCUGCGCCGGGUGCGCUGCCGCGACCACGAGGCCGUGCCCUUCGACGUCUUCCGCUACGGCGUCCUCACCUGCUUCGUGCUGCUGGAGUUCACAGCCAAAGCAGACGCUCUGUUCGGUGUCCUGGGAGGUGGCUGUGGCACUGCCGAUGGCAGGGUGUGCCAGGCCGUGCUGAGGGCGCUGGAGGAGGCUUUGGGCAGCGGGCGCUUUGCUCUGCCCGGCCGUUACCUGGAGGCUGGUUCGAAGCUGGGGCCGGAUGGUUUGGCCUUGGCCAUGGACAGGGCGCUGAGGGAGAGGAAGCUGCGCAGCUGCAUGAGCAGGGAGGAGUUCCUCAAGAGAGCCACGGCUUUGUUUGUGGCCAAAGUGAAGCCUGUGGAGUAACACCCAGCUGGUAGCGGCACUGACUGAGGCCAGCUGGGGCUCUGGAGCUGUCCCACGCAGAGCCUGGCAUGCAAAGGACAGCCUGGUGCUGAGCUGGAGGGUGAGCACAGGGGGCUGGACUGGAGACCCUGGGGCUGCCUAAUGAGAGAUUCCCUCUUUCCAUGCUCCCUUCUUUGUUUGAGCCCCCAGCUGGAUGUGGCCCCGGCCACCUCGUCUCACCCAGCCACGGCUCCUCUGCUCCAGCUGCCAUUAGCAAAUGUUUUUAGGGUGUUAAGUGGGGGCUUGCAGGGGGUCUGUGAGCUGUAGGGCAGCGUUGGUUGCUAAAAAUGAGGCAGAAUUAAGUAGAUGUGGGGUUAGACCUGCAGAGUAUCUCCUGUCCCUGGCAGUGUCGUGUUUCACAGCUCCAGCAGGGGGCUUGGUUUCUGCUUUUGGGUUUGUUUCGCCUGAGAAGUAGAGAGGCAACACUUACCUACACCCCAGACCGCUGUGAGGACCCACAGGCUGAUCCAAAGUGGGACAUCAAGUGCUGGUUUCUCAAGCAGAAUGUUUUAAACACCCAGCUGGGAAGCAAACCUCCCCAUGAAGGGCUUGGAGCUGGAGGGGGACUCUGCCUCUGCCGGCAGAUGAGCUGGGAGCUGAUGAGCUGCCUUCAAGUCAACUGCUCAACUCCUGGUUACCCAACUGCCUCUGGCUGCUCUGCUCUGCACUGCAGGAGAUGAAAGCUCAUACCUGAGCCAUGACUUGUCAAGCAAAGCUGCUUCAGAUUGGGGAAGGCUUUGGAAUACCAACCCCUCCUUCCCCGAGGUCAUCCUUUGCUUCUGAGCAGAGACAUGUGUCGAUCUGUGUGUUAUUUAUUCAGACUUGUCUGUGUUAAUUAUUUAUACUGUGCAAUUCUGGGGUUCCUGGAAGACAUUAAAGCUGGGUUUAUCUUUUGGACUGGCCCAUU